AUGUUCCAUCAACCGCCGGAAAAGCCUCACGCGCCUGGCUUCGACGAUGAUCCGUUCGGGUUUGUCAACCAGGCCUGGGACAGGUAUGGCCUGGGCAAUGUGUCGUCGCCUCCGCCGGCGAUGCCUCCGCAGCCUAUUCAGAGAACCGGACGGGCCUAUUCCACCGCAUCGGUAAUGGACUGGACGCCCGAGAUCGAUACGACCUUUCACCACCACGGCGACGGAGUGGCCAUGUCGCCGGUGGAAAAUGUCGAACUGGACAACCUUGGUUCGCCUCAGGGAGGGGGAGGGGUUGGCCGCCUGGUCGCGCAUUUUGAGAAUAAAGGUUAUGUCCCGCCAUUGCCUCCGCGGCCCAUCAAUAACCAGCCGCAUGAACCGCACCACAUGGGCCACAGUCCUUCAAUGUCGUCGCAAUUUGGCAGUCUAAACUCUGUAGCCCAUACGCAUAGGAUAUCGAGUCCCGUUGCUAGCCCAGGUGAAUCUCAAUAUGGCUCGCUCGGUGUGCAUUCGCCCCCGACGCCCACCUCAAUCAUCACCAACAUGGGCCGCUCCGGCAGUAUAAGCUAUGGCAGCUUUCAUGACACUCAGCAGGUGCAUAGUCCCGGUAUUGGUACGCCGUUUGGAAGCAUGGAUGGCUUUAUGAGUUCUGCCCGCGUAAACAGCCCGAUGGUGUCGACACCAAUGGCGUCGGCGCCCAUGAUGGCCAGUCCCAUGGCCGCUCCUGGAGUGCCUGGUACGCCUGGAUUCGAAAUAUGGCGACCUCCUCCCUCAAUGACACCUAAACCCGAACCCUCACAAAUCACCAACCCGGCCAACAACUUUGGCGGUUAUUUCAGACCUCCCGUACCGACGACGCCAAAACCGGUGGUCAACACAGGUAACCAGUUCAUCUUGGAAUUCAACCCCAGCGCCAAGGCGGCCAAAGGGAAGGCUCCAGCAAAACCUCCAAGGCCUCGAUUGCCUCCUCGAAAACCCAUCCUCGCACAAUCACAACCCUCGGCGCAGACACCAGCAGCACCUGUGCAAGCGCCAAUACCAACACCGGCACUGGCACAACGGCGGGAUUCGAUUUCUCUUCGUGCCCAGGCAGGUACUAGGCCGUCACGGGAACAGGUUCCUGCAGAGGCCUGGGAGCAAUAUAAAUCCACCAUCCGAACCCUCUAUCUCGAGGAGAGAAAACCCUUGAAAGAAGUCAUGAGCGUCAUGGCUGAACAAUAUGGGUUUCAAGCAACGCCAAAGAUGUACAAGACGAGAUUUUCUCAAUGGGGUUUCGUGAAAAACAACACGGAGGAAGAAGUAAAGCGGCUGUUGUCGAUGAAGUUCCAGCGCGAUGCCGAGGGCAAAGUUUCCGAGUUCGUCCGAAACGGCAGGGUCGUGAACUUGGGUACCUAUCUGAAACGGAAAGGAGUGACGGAGUACGACCUCGUUGAUUUCGAACUACCCGCCGACCUUCCAGCGCAUAUCCGAUGUAGAACGCCGACACCACCUCCGGCACUUCGAUCACCCGACCUGCUUCGCGCGCAGGAGGUAGUCGUUGGAAACAUGCGCAAAGCAUUUCUGCACUGUCGACAAUUCGAGAUGGAGACUGAGACGCAGAUUGGCUGGCCGUCAACCAUGGUUUGGGGGGCUGGAUCGAGUGAGCUCCUGCUCGAGGCCAACUUUUAUUUCGAAGCUCGCGACGCGGACCAAGGCGGCGAUUACUUGAUGCGGGCCUUCAAACAGCUCGAGCUGGACCUAAGGAAGCUCUCGCCACAAGGUAUCAUGGAGCUAAUUCUGGGCAUGAUCAAUCGCGAUCCCGGCAUGAUGACGGCGCUCUGCAAAUACCUAGCGGCGUAUUCGACAACCAAUCUGGAGCGGACCCAUCCCCUUCGACAAAUCUUCACUUGUCUGUAUGAAGUGCAACAGAAGCACGGAGCGCAGACUUUGUCCGAGCUCUUGUGGACCAGUAUCUCGACCAUUGCAGAGGAGCUCGAGGCCAUCUAUGGCCGCAAGCAUCCGUAUGUGGCUCGCACAUGGGCCGAUCUUGCGCUUUUCUACAGCCAGGUGAACCCAGAAAGGCUGGAGAAGUUAGUUGUUGAGCUUCGUGUACUACAGAGACAGCUCGAACAAAGACAUGGACAUUCCAGCGUCGAAGUGGUUUCCAUCCGGUACGCCAUACUGCUGCUGGUGUAUGCGGCAUCUCCUCAGUCGGAUGCCGCGAAGCAAGCCGCAAAUGAUUACUGGAAUCUGCUGCGGAACAUGAACACCAUGUUUGCAAUGCGCGAUUCCCGUCCGAAUAGUUACUGCUACCACAGCCCGCUCAAGGUCGAUCCGUGGACAAAGAGAUGCCGAAGGCGGUACGAGACACUCGUGACCAUAUUCGAGGAGCAUGUGGGAGUCAGAAUCAACCCCUACUUCGAAGAGGACUUCCACACGACCGAGCAUGCUCCAGAAACGCAGAAUGCCUGGGCAGCAGCUCUUCAGAUGGGUUCGACGAGUCGAUCAUGGGGCUUCAUCUAG